AUGGUGGAUGUUGCCAAUCAUCUUGUGUAUGAGCUAUGGUCAAGAUCUUUUCUUUCAGAUUAUCUUGACUUGGGGGGCGAUUCCACAUUUACAUUACAUGAUUUGGUGUAUGAUCUUGCAGUUCAUAUUGCAAAAGGUGAGUUUGAAAGAAUAGAUCUCCGCAAUAAAAAAAAUUCUGAGAAUGCCCAACAUUUAGUCUUUGAAGAAAAUAAUUUGCUUGCUCAAGCUUUUCCUCACACAGGUUUAAGAAGUGUGUAUCUUCCCUUGGGAAUGAACAAUGAAGCUUUCUUGAUUAGAUUGGUGUCAAGAUGUAAAUACUUGAGGAUUUUAGAAUUAUGUUCAUCUGAAUUCGAGAGUUUGCCUUACUUUAUUGGAAAGUUGAAACAUUUAAGACAUCUUAAUCUCCAGUUUAAUAAAAAGCUCAGGAGACUCCCUGAUUCAGUCUGCGAACUUCAAAAUUUACAAACUUUGAAUAUCUUUGGAUGUAUGGAGCUACAAAAACUACCCAAAGGAAUGAGAAAUCUAGUCAGCCUUCGGAAUCUUUUUAUAACCACCAAACAAGUUGAUUUUCCAGAGAAAGACAUUGCAGUGUUGACUUCUUUAGAAGUUUUAAAUAUUAGUGAUUCUCAUAAUUUGGAGUCAUUGUUCAAUGGUAUACAACUAUCCACCCUUAAAAAGUUAGUCUUAAAUAGAUGUGAAAGUCUAAAUUUGGUUGCGUUUCACGCCAUUAGAAAUAUAAAUGUUUUGUCUAUUUGUAAGUGCGACAAGAUGGAAUUGUCAAUGGGCAUUGGAAGUGAAAUCCCCGAUUCAAGGUUAAAGCUUGUUAUUUUUCAAGACUUGCCGCAACUGGUCACGUUGCCUCAGUGGAUUCAAGGAUCUGCAAACUUUUUACAAAGCUUAUUUAUUAUAGGUUGCAUCAAUCUUAAGGAGCUUCCCGGUUGGCUACCAACUCUAGUUUAUCUCAAACUUCUUUCUAUUUGCAAUUGUCCAAAUCUAUUGUCACUGCCUGACAACAUCCAUCAGCUAACAAAUCUUGAAAAUAUAGAAAUGAGUGGUUGUCCUGAAUUAUGGAAAAGAUUCAAACCAGGAGUUGGACAAGAUUGGUACAAGAUAUCACACAUCAACAUUGUUUACAAUGUUCAAGAAGAAGAAGAUGAAGAAGAAGAUGAAGAGAAAGACGACGAAGAAUAA